CACCUAUUCCAUUAGUUCAGUGAGUCCCAUUUGCAGAAGAGAGAGGGAGAGAGAAAAAAAGAAAAUAAGAAAGAAAACAGAUGUGUGUCUCUGCAUUGUAGCAAGGCAAAGGGAACACAACCCAGACACACCGCCCAUCACCACCACCACCACCACCACCUCCUCCUCCUCCUAAGCAAACACCAAAACCGUCUCUCUCUCUCUCUCUCUCUCUCUCUCUCUCUCUCUCUCUCUCUCUCUCUCUCUCUCUCUCUCUCUAAAGUCAGAACUCUCCUCUUCUUCCUCUUUUUUGCAACCUCUCUCUCUCUCUCUCACAACCAAAAAUCAUUUUCUAUUUUUAUUUGCUUUAAUUUUUUUAUUAUUAUUUUACCUGAUCUGAGAAAAGCUUCUGCACAUUCCUCUUCUGCAUACUCUUCUGCUGAGAUGAAUAAUAAUAAUAAUAAUAACUUAUAAAAUACAUACACACUCUUCUCGCCGGCAAGCUAUCUCCGAUGAAGACGCAGCCUGAACCUGCCGCCGUCGUCGCCGUACCUAACCCCGAAGAGAAGAAGAGCAUCAACCCGGAGCUAUGGCAAGCGUGUGCGGGGCCGUUGGUGAACCUUCCGCCGGCGGGAACACACGUCUUCUACUUCCCUCAAGGACACAGUGAGCAGGUCGCAGCGUCUUUGAAGAAAGAUGUGGAUGGACAGAUUCCUAACUAUCCUAAUCUUCCAUCCAAGUUGUUGUGUCUCCUUCACAGUGUUACUUUGCAUGCUGACCCAGAAACCGAUGAAGUUUAUGCUCAGAUGACACUUCAACCUGUGCCUUCUUAUGAUAAGGAAGCUUUAUUAAGAUCAGAUCUUGCUCUCAAGUCAAACAAGGCACAGCCUGAGUUUUUCUGCAAACAGCUGACAGCUAGUGAUACAAGCACACAUGGAGGUUUCUCUGUGCCUCGCCGAGCAGCAGAGAAAAUAUUCCCUCCUCUUGAUUAUUCUAUGCAACCUCCUGCACAAGAACUUGUGGCUAGGGAUUUGCAUGAUAAUGUUUGGACUUUCCGUCAUAUAUAUCGAGGGCAACCAAAACGCCACUUGCUUACAACUGGAUGGAGUCUAUUUGUCAGUGGAAAGAGGCUCUUUGCUGGAGACUCUGUUUUAUUUAUACGAGAUGAAAAGCAGCAGCUUCUUUUGGGCAUCAGGCGAGCUAACAGGCAACCAGCCAACAUAUCAUCCUCGGUAUUGUCAAGUGAUAGUAUGCAUAUUGGGAUUCUUGCGGCAGCUGCUCAUGCUGCUGCAAAUAAUAGUCCCUUUACUGUCUUUUACAAUCCUAGGGCUAGUCCUUCAGAGUUUGUUAUUCCUUUAGCCAAGUACUACAAGGCAGUGUACAGCCAUCAAAUAUCACCUGGAAUGCGUUUCCGAAUGAUGUUUGAAACCGAAGACUCAGGAACUAGAAGGUAUAUGGGUACAAUUACAGGAAUCAGUGAUCUAGAUCCUGUGAGAUGGAAAAAUUCACAAUGGCGUAAUUUGCAGGUUGGUUGGGAUGAGUCAACUGCUGGGGAAAAGCGUAGCAGGGUUUCACUUUGGGAAAUUGAACCAGUGACUGCUCCUUUUUUCAUCUGCCCUCCCCCGUUCUUCAGGGCCAAGAGACCAAGACAACCAGGAAUGCCUGAUGAUGAUCCAUCUGAUUUCGAUAAUCUUUUCAAGCGGACAAUGCCUUGGCUUGGUGAUGAUAUGUGCAUGAAGGAUCCUCAAGGCCUACCUGGCAUGAGCUUAGUUCAAUGGAUGAACAUGCAGCAAAAUCCUAGUCUUGCUAACUCAAUGCAGCCUAAUUAUGUACCAUCAUUGCCUGGAUCUGUUUUGCAAAAUCUUCCUGGUGCAGAUAUUUCCCGUCAGCUGGGGUUUUCUUCUUCACAAAUUCCUCAGCCUAACAAUGUAGCCUUCAACACUCAGAGGCUACUUCAGACUGCACAACAACUUGAUCAUCUUCAGAAGCUACCGUCAACAUCUGUCAACUUGGGAACAGUGAUGCAGCCGCAGCAACAGUUGGGUGAUAUCUCUCAACAAUCUAGGCAGAACUUAGGAAGUCAAACUCUUCCACAGAGUCAAGUUCAGGCCCAGAUCUUGCAUCCCCAGAAUCUUGUCCAAACAAACAAUAUUCUUCAACAGCAACAAUCAUCCAUUCAAAAUCACCAAUUCAAUCGAAGUGUCCUUCAGAACCCUCCACAGCAGCAGCAACAGCAACAGACAAUUAUGGGUCAGAAUCAGCAACAAACUAUGGUCCCAUCUACUAUACCUGACCAUGUUCAACAGUUACAGAUGUCUGAUAAUCAGAUUCAGCUUCAAUUGUUACAAAAGCUUCAACAGCAACAGCAAACACUCUUAGCACAACCAUCUGCGCUGCAGCAGCCUUCUCAACUUGCUCAAAUCCAAGAUCAGCAGAGGCAACUGUUAGAUGCAGCACAGAGCUUCUCUAGGUUAGUCCCUCCUGGUCAAGUGCUUGAAAUUCCUCCGGUACUUCAAAAUUCACUCCCAGAGAGUAAUGCGAUCACAAAUCAAAUGACAAAGGCUAAUGGUCGGAGCAAUAUACAUAUCUCUCAUUUGCCUCAGCAGCCAAAGCCUCAGCAACAAUCUGGCUUGCUGCCUGAGAUGUCUGGUCAAAUGGCACUUCCCCCUACCCCUUCACCAAACCAGCUCUCUGCUGCUGGCAGUGGCAUACUGAAUGGAGCAGCUGUAGCUGGACAAUCUGUAAUUACUGAUGAUGUUCCAUCUUGCUCCACCUCACCUUCUACAAAUAACUCUGCCAGUGCAGUUCCAUUAUUGAUAAAUUCCCGGUUACAUAGAAGCUCAAUAACUGCUGAUGACAUGGCUCAAUCUACUGCAACAUUAUUGAGUUCAGGUGCUUUAGAAACCAUGUCAUCAGGUGCAAACAUGGUAAAAGAUUUACAGCCCAAGUCUGAAGUCAAGCCUUCUUUAAACAUCUCCAAAAAUCAGAAUCAAGGAAGUUUGGUUCAUCAGACAUACUUGAAUGGUGCUGCUGCUCAAACAGAUUAUUUGGAUACAUCAUCUUCGACAACUUCAGUUUGCCUAUCUCAGAGUGAUGCUCACAUGCAUCAGAAUAACAACCCGAUGUCUUACAAUCCACAGUCUAUGUUGUUUAGAGACAACAGUCAGGAUGGGGAAGUUCAGGCAGAUACUAGGAGUAAUGUUCCAUAUGGCAAUAAUGUUGAUAACCAAAUGGGAAUGCCAUUGAAUCCAGAUUCUCUUUUACCCAAAGGCACAGUGGGGAUGGGGAAGGAUAUGUCGAAUAAUUUCUCUUCAGGAGGUAUGCUUGGGAACUACGAAAAUAACAGAGAUGCUCAGCAGGAACUUUCAUCUUCAAUGGUCUCACAAACAUUUGGAGUCCCUGAUAUGACCUUUAAUUCUAUUGAUUCAACAAUAGAUGAUAGUAGCUUCUUGAAUAGGGGUGGAUGGGCUCCACCACCACCACCACCGCCAUUGCCAGCACCACAGUUUCAGCGUAUGAGGACAUAUACCAAGGUUUAUAAACGAGGAGCUGUCGGAAGGUCCAUAGACAUCACUCGGUAUUCAGAUUAUGAGGAGCUUAAACAUGAUCUAGCUCGCAGAUUUGGCAUAGAGGGCCAGCUGGAGGAUCGACACAGGAUAGGCUGGAAACUUGUCUAUGUAGAUCAUGAAAAUGAUGUUCUACUAGUGGGAGACGACCCUUGGGAGGAGUUUGUUAAUUGUGUACGCUGUAUCAAGAUUCUUUCUCCCCAAGAAGUACAACAGAUGAGCUUGGAUGGAGAUUUUGGCAAUGCUAGCCUUCCAAAUCAAGCUUGUAGCAGCUCUGAUGGUGGGAAUACUUGAAUGUAGUCAAGUAAUGUUAACCAUUCUUCCAUGGUAACUUAGGUAUUUUCUAGGAGACAUAACUUAUUGUCCCAAUGGCGGUUAUUAUGCCGUUGCGGACUUUUGUGUCCUGCAUCAGGACUUAAAAGUGAUCUUUUGCAGUUCAGAGGAGUAAUUUUGGCGCUGCUGUGUGCAUGCAAAUUUGAAGAGCCAAACUAAGGUGGAGAACUAACUGCUGCUAAUGCUACAACUUAAACCAAGGUGUUAAAACUGGUACUGUAUUCACCCUGGGAAAGUUUGCUGUGUAUGAAGGCACAGAUAUGUUGUUGUUGUAAUAUUGAACAUAAUUGUUCUGGGCACAGUUAGAAAUGUUUAAUCAAUUGUAUUGUAGAAAGAAAGGGUUUAAAUGUUUAAUAUUACUCCAUAGUUUUGAUUGUAUAAAUUAAAUUUA